AUGUUUAUAAAACUUCUAUUUAUAUAUAUUUCAACUCUUCUACCUAUUGUUUAUAGUCUUUGUUAUACAAACAUAUCAGAAACAUGGAUAUGUGAUGGUUAUGAUACAUUAAAUACUACUACAACAGCUAAUUCAGAUUAUGAAAUUAUUUUAAAUAAUCAACAAUUUAAAAAUUUUUUUCUAAAAAACUAUUACUUAUCAAUAUUUAUAAUUGAUAAUUAUCCAUUAACACUUCAUCUAUUAAAUGCAAGUAAUAAUAAAUUUGAUAAAAUUAUUAUAACAUCAAGAAAUUGUUAUAAAUCAAAUCUUCGUCAUUUAAUACUUGAAUCAAAUCAUAUUCAACAAUUUAAUAUUGAUACAAUUAUUUUACCUCAAUCAUUAGAAAUAAUUUCAUUAGCAAAUAAUCAUUUAGAAAUUCUUGAUGCUCGAAUUUUUUCACAUUUAAAAGAUUUAAUUAAACUCGAUCUAAGAAAUAAUCAAUUAAAACGUAUUUCACCUCAAUUAUUAAUUAAUAUUAAAAUUGAUUUCAAUAAUAAUCCACUUGAUUGUCAAUGUACACCUGAAUUUUAUCGAAUUAUAUGUGAAAAAUCAACAAAUUUAAAACAAUCUAUAAAUGAAAGUUAUAAUUGCACGGCACCAUAUUAUGAUCCUCAACAAGUUGAUACUCAUCCAGCAUCUUAUUUACGUUUUUCUACAUUUACUCUUAUAUGUCCAAUUAAUGGUCAACCUCCACCUAUAAUUAUUUGGUCAACACCAUUUGGUAAUCUUACAUCAAUAAAUUUAUCAAAUAUUGAUUUACUUCCAUUUAAUAAUGAUAAACCAACAUAUGUUACAAUAACAAGUUUAGCCGGUCCAUUUACUGCUCGUACACGACAUAAAUUACAUGCAUUUAAUACAAAUCGUUUAUCUAUAACACAAGCACGUGCUAGUUUACAACAUAAUUUUUCAUGUUCAGGUAUAAAUAUGCUUGGAAUAUAUACAUAUAAAUUUAAUUUUAAUAUUGAAACUUAUGCAAAAAAACAUGCUCUAUGGCUUAUGAUGUAUACAAUGAUUUUUGCAUUGGUUAUGUCACUUAUUGGUAUUAUACUUUGUAUAAUAUUAAAACGAACAUAUUAUUAUUCAAGUGAUCAUAUGAAAACACCACCAUUAUAUCCAACAAUGACACCAAAUAGUGCUGCACGUACACCACCUAAUUUUGAAAUUAAUCAAUGGUUAUCAUCAGCAGCAGCAAACAUAACUGGAACACUUGAACAAGUACGAGAUAUACUUCGUUCAAGUGUACAACAAGUUAGUGGAACAAUUCGACAAGCAGCUGAAAGUUCUGCUGCUUAUCUUCAAUCAUUUCGUGAAACAAGUCAACAACGAUUUAAUUUUUUACGUGUACAUACAUCAUCAUCUUUACGUAGUUCUGGUAAUUUUAUGCGUGCUGGUAUGAAUAUGUUAACAGUACAAGUAAAUUCUUUACGUGAUUAUUGUGGUGUAACAACUGGUCAUUUAGUUCCAUCGAAUUAUUUAUUACAACAACAACAACUUCACAAUUUACAACAUUCAACUUCAUCAAUAUUAUAUGUGCAGUAUAAUCAAAUGCCAACAAUAGUUGAAGAUAACGAAUCUACUAUUGAACCAACAUUAUUAAUUAAUCCUCAAAAUUCUUCACCUUUUACAGGAGAUAUACCAUCAGCCGUAUUAACAAAUGGAUCAGGUAUUGGUCAACUUGAUACGUCUGAUAAUUCCGCUUUAUUAAUAUUAAAUAAUUUGAAUCAAGAUACAAUAAAUAUAUGUGAUAAUGAAGAUGUUAUAGUAACAGGAAAUAUGAUCGGUGGAGUUGGAACAUUUCAUGAUAGAAAUUAUGAUCAUAAUGAUGAACUUAUUAAUGAAUCUCAAAGAUUAAUUAAUUAUAGUAAAUGA